CUAUAAAAAAUCAUUAAAGAUUGGCUUGUCCCUGACAUUCUCUUUGGAUCUGUUCUCUUCAGAACGAUCACUGACAGUAGUAAAAAUGAACACACAACGGAUGGAAGAAAUAGGACAGUGGAAAAUCACUGUUUGGGAGGAGGAGAACUUCCAAGGAAAACGUUGUGAGUUCAUCAUGGAGUGUCAAAACAUCAUGGAGAGAGGAUUUCACAAGAUUCGCUCUGUCAAGGUGGAGAACGGCCCCUGGGUAGGAUUUGAAUAUCCUGAGUACCUGGGCCAACAGUUCAUUCUGGAGAAAGGUGACUAUCCUCGCUGGGAGGCCUGGAGUGGGAACAGUGGUUACAGGACUGAACACAUGGUGUCUUUCCGACCAAUCCGCUGCGCUAACCACAGUGACAGCAAGGUGACUCUGUAUGACUGUGAGGAUUUCCAGGGUCGCAAGUUUGAAAUGUGUGAUGAUUACCCUUCUCUGCAAGCCAUGGGGUGGUGCAGCAAGGAGGUUCCUUCCAUUAAAGUCAAUUCGGGGUCUUGGGUAGCUUACCAGUACCCAGGAUACCGUGGAUACCAGUACAUCCUGGAGAGAGACAGACACAAUGGAGAGUACAGAAACUACAAUGAGUACAGCACCCAGGCUCACACCAACCAAAUCCAAUCAAUUCGCAGAAUCCAGCACUAAAUCCGACUCACACUGCUCCUGACAACAACUGUGUAUUUACAAUGGCAUCAAACUUAUUACAAUAGGAAAUAAAAGCAUUAUUCAAACUAUGGAAAAGAGUGC